AUGGACGCGCUUCCGGCGCUGGCAACGCGCUUCGUUGGGCCCCUCAACGCCUGGAUUCAAGCUACACCCAUCCACGUGCUGCUCGCUCUGCUCGUCGCGUGCGUGCUAUUCUCACUCGUUUCCCUCUUUGUCGUUCUCCAUCUCGUCGCGCCGAAACCACGACCCGUCCUCCCGUCUGAGAAGAGCUACAUCACCUCCUCGUCGAACUCGCCCGAGAAGAACACCGUACCUCGGAUUCUGCCCUGCUGGUACGACAGAUGGCUGGCAGAGCGCCACCUGAGCGAGAAGAAGCGACUCGCUCCCAGUGAUGCGGGAAACGACCCUGCCCACGAGAUCGGAUCCAUCGAGCGAGCUGAGCUGCGACUCAGCGUCGUCUUGCCCGCCUACAAUGAAGAGGAGCGCGUAAUACCUACUCUGGAGGAGGCUGUGGACUAUCUUGACGAGCAUUACGGCCGACCCGGCGCGCCCCCUGCGGAGACCACCGGUGCUAAGAGACAACCUGGCGGUAGACACGCGCAUGACGAGGAUACGUCUGGCUACGAAAUCAUCAUUGUCAACGACGGCAGCACGGACAGGACUGUGGAGGUCAUCCUAGACUUUGCGCGCGAGAGAAAACUGGAUGAUGUGAUCCGCAUCGUCACGCUAGAGAAGAACCGUGGCAAAGGCGGCGGUGUCACGCAUGGCCUGCGGCAUGUCAGGGGCGAGUACGUGCUGUUCGCGGAUGCGGACGGCGCCUCCAAGUUCAGCGACGUCGGCAAGCUCAUCGAGGGCUGUGAGGAGGUGGUCGAUGCUUCCCAUAGGGGCGUUGCCAUUGGGAGCCGCGCUCACCUGGUCGGUAGCGACGCCGUGGUCAAGCGCUCCGCCCUGCGAAACUUCCUCAUGCGCUCGUUUCACCUGGUGCUCACCAUUCUCACGCCACCGGCCACGUCACGCAUCCGCGACACUCAGUGUGGCUUCAAGCUGUUUACGCGCGCUGCGUUGCCCCACAUUGUGCCGUACAUGCAUACGGAAGGCUGGAUCUUUGACAUUGAGAUGCUCAUGCUCGCCGAGUCCGCACCGGCGAUCCCCAUCCUGGGCUCCGACGGGUCGGUCAUCGGCUCCAGCGCGGGCAUCAAGGUGGCCGAGGUGCCCAUCGAGUGGCACGAGGUCGAAGGGAGCAAGUUGAAUGUGGUCCAGGACAGCCUCAAGAUGGCCAUUGGCCUCGCGGUCCUGAGGGCGAGCUGGAUGAUGGGGGUCUAUAGAAGACGACUCACAUAG